AGCUCCGAUUGACGGGACAUAUGUCCUGAACAGGACUGAGCCAAGGGCUGAGCCACCCAACUAGGGGUUGGGGGACUAGGAAAGGCCUAGAGGUUGGUAGCUGUAACAGGACAGACAGACGGGAAGGACGGGGGUUCUAACCCCUCAACUUUUUUCUUGGGACAGUCUCUAACGUGGUAAGGGCCAUAGGCUGAAUUAAGGAAUGGGUGCUGAGGAAGAGGUUCAGGUCACGCUCUCAGGGGGAGCUCCCUGGGGCUUCCGACUACAAGGGGGUGCUGAACAGAGGAAACCUUUGCAGGUGUCCAAGAUACGAAGGAGAAGUCAGGCAGGACGAGCAGGGCUUAGAGAACAGGACCAGCUAUUGUCCAUCAAUGGAGCCGCUUGCACUGGUCUUUCCCAUGCCAGUGCCAUGAACCUCAUUGAUGCUUCAGGGGCCCAGCUCAUCCUCACCGUGAGGAGGGUAGGAGAUGUAGGGCCUGUGCGUUCUCCAUCCCCUGGUGAGCUUCGGGUGCUGUCUCCUUCAUCCCCACUGAGUCCAGAGCCCCCUGGGGCUUCAGCACCUCAGCCUCUGCAGCCUGGAAGCCUGCGGUCACCCCCGGACAGUGAGGCGUACUAUGGGGAAACAGACAGUGAUGUGGAUGGCUCUGCCACCCAGGAGAAGCCCCGUCGUCCCCGUCGACGAGGUCCCACCAGGCCCACCCCUCCAGGGGCUGCACCUGAAGAGGUCUCUUUAUCUGACAGCCCCGCAGAGCCUGCUCCAGCUUCUCUUGAAUCCCCAGCUCUGGGAGAUAGCCGUGUGAGUUCUCCAUCCUGGGAAGAUGGGGCAUCUCUUCAGCCGCCUCCAGCUGAAGCUCUGUUGUUACCUCAUGGCCCACUCCGACCCGGGCCCCAUCUCAUCCCCAUGGUGGGGCCCGUGCCUCACCCAGUGGCUGAUGAUCUUACCACCAGUUACACCCAGAAAGCCAAGCAAGCCAAACUACAGCGUGCAGAAAGCGUCCAAGAGAAGAACAUAAAGGAGGCCAAGACCAAAUGCCGGACCAUCGCCUCCCUGCUGACAGCAGCACCCAAUCCUCACUCCAAGGGGGUGCUGAUGUUUAAGAAGAGGAGGCAGCGGGCCAAGAAAUACACCCUGGUCAGCUUUGGGGCUGCGGCAGGAGAGGGAGCACGGGAGGGGGGCGAGGAGGAAGAGGAAGACGGCAUCCCCCCCACCAGUGAGUCGGAGCUGGAGGAAGAGACCUUCUCAGACGCCCGAAGCCUCACUAAUCAGUCAGACUGGGACAGUCCCUAUCUGGACAUGGAACUAGCCCGCUCAGGGUCAAGCAGAGCAGAGGGGCAGGGGCCAGGGCCAGGGGGUGGCCUGAGUGAAGCUUCGGGAAGAGGUGCCCGGCUUUUUGAGCAGCAGCGGCAGCGGGCAGCCUCCAGCUCCCUGGAACAGCCUCAUGAUACUCCCCCAUCCCUGAUGAAUGGGAGGGGCCCUCCACCCCCACGUGCGCAGAGCACCCCCCCAGAGGCGGCCUUACUACCGCCCAGCCCAAUGCUGCCCCCUGCUACCAGUCCCAUUCCUUUAGCCUCUGGUGGGGGAGCCCCUCUUCCAGCCACAGGCAUUUUCAAUAGGUCAGCAAGGCCGUUCACCCCAGGGUUCCAAGGGCAGCGGCCAGUCACUACUUCAGUUGUUUUCCGACCUGUAGCCCCAAAGAAGGCAAACGAAAGCCUCAGGAGUCCCAGUCCUAGUCUUCCCCCUUUCAUGUCCUCACCCCAAGGUCUCAGUCUCCCCCCCAGCUUCUCAACUCAGAAAGAUCCUGGCAAUGUACCAGUCUCUGUCUCCACCAAUGCCCCAUGCUCCUCAGGCCCAGUAACAGCCACCAGUUCCUUGUAUAUUCCUGCCCCAAGUAGGCCCAUUACACCUGGAGAUACCCCUGACUCUCAGGCCUCUCACAGCAUGGCUGCCAUGACCUCUACUGCUUCCAUCUUCCUAUCUUCUCCCCUGAGGCCUACUGGACUCCCCAUGGUAUCUAAUCCAAGUCACCCUGCCCCUGAGGCUCCCAGUACUAGGGAGCAGAGAAUAUCUGUGCCUGCUCCCCGUACAGGCAUCCUGCAGGAGGCACGGCGUCGAGGGGGGCGCAAACAAAUGUUCCGUGGGGGGAAUGAAGAGAAAAAGAAUUCACCCAACCCUGAGCUGCUGUCGCUGGUACAGAACUUGGAUGAGAAACCUAGGGCAGGAGGGACUGAGUCUGGUCCUGAAGAGGAUGCCCUGAGCCUAGGGGCUGAAGCCUGCAACUUCAUGCAAUUCACAGGGGGCCGAAGUUUCAAGACCCCACCCCCUAUGGCACCUAAGACCCCACCCCCUAUGGCACCUAAGACCCCACCCCCUGUGGCACCCAAACCUGUACCCCGGGGUCUUCCUGAUGGCCUGGUGAAUGGGACUGUUCCCUCUACAGGUGUCCUCCCUGAACCACCUAGGCUACAAGGACGAGGUGGAGAACUAUUUGCUAAGAGGCAGAGUAGGGUAGAUAGAUAUGUGGUGGAAACCACACCUGGUCCUGGUACUGGACCAAUCUUUAGCUCCCGACCUCGAAGUCCCUCUCCUACCCCUUCUUUGCCUCCUUCAUGGAAGUACUCCCCUAAUAUCCGGGCCCCUCCUCCCAUUGCCUACAACCCACUGCUUUCUCCAUUUUUCCCACUGGCUGCUCGGACCCUUCCCAGCCGAACACAGCCUCAGGGACCCCGAACAACCACAAAGCCAGGCAUCAAGGCUAUUGACUUCAUGAGGCACCAGCCCUAUCAACUCAAAGCUGCCAUGUUCUGCUUUGAUGAGAUUCCUCCAACUCCUGGCCCUAUUCCCCCAGGGUCUUCUAAGACCGCUAGAGUCCAUGAGAUUCGGAGAUUUUCUACCCCAGCCCCCCAACCUACUUCUGAGCCCCUGGCCCCAACUGUGCUCACUCCCAGAGCAUCUACUUCACUGGAUGAGCCCAUCUGGAGAGUAGAGAUGCCCCCAACUGCCAUCCAUGCCCCUAGCCCAGCCCCAACUUUAGAGUCUCCUCGAGGUCUUGGAGCCUCCCCUGGCUCCUGCAGCUUCCAGGUAGCCAGACCCAGGUUCUCAGCUGCCAGCUCUGGGCUUCAGGCACAUGUGUGGAGGCCUGGAGCAGGACAUCAGUGAAUUGGGCACAGCCAAAGGAGCCAGAAAAUGGAGUACAUAGCAAGCUCUCAGAGCUGCUUUUGCCACCCUAAAUCCUCCUCUCCAACUACUUGGAGAAAAUUCCCCCUCCAAAGUAGGCUUGGUAUUCAAGUCUCAACUUUCCUUCUUUUCCACCUUUCCUUGUGCUUUUAGUCAAUCUAGUUCUGCUUUGAUGACUCUCUCUUUCCCUUCCUCCCUCCCGCUCUCUCUCUGGUGAGUCUGUUUUUGUGCCCAUUUAUUUGUGUCUCUCUCCUUUUAUGCUUUGCUUUUCUCUGUUGUAGUGAGUUGACUAAACCCAAAUGCAAAGAGAAGGUGGCUCUUGUGGUCUUAGGCCUGGAUAAUUGAUGAGACUAAGAAUUUGCUGCCUGGAGGGUAGUAGACAAGCAGGUUCUGGCUCUUUUUCUUCUGGGGUUCUCCUUUUUCUUUUUCCCUAGUUCUAGCUCACACCUGGACACAGGUUUAUGUGUACCUAAGAUGAGGAGGAGUAGAGAUGCAAAUUCCAACCUGGAUUCUACACCUUGCUCUGCUGAGGUCACAUAGAAGAAAGCCUUUUUGUUAAAGAGAGUAUGAAAGAUUAUUCAUUUAUCUCUCAUGGGUGAUUUGUACAGUACCCCACGAAAAUAAGAGGCAAAUUUCUGGUAGUGAUGGAAUCUUAAUAGGAUAUUUGUUUGAGACAGCUCUCUGAUCUCUAAAACCUUUUCUCCUUCCAGUAUAUAUGCCUAGCUUUUCUUAGAUCUCAGUCAACCACUCUGUUUGUGUUGUGUGGUUACUGGAGGAGGGAUGGGUAAAGAGUUGAAUGUGAGAAUGGAGAAACUGAUGGCCCAGGGCAACUUUGGGGAGGUGGGAGGGGGAUAAGAGGAUCAAUUUGAGUUUAUUUGGGUUGCAGAUUCCUCAGGAUGGGAGGAGGGUGGGGAUCUCUAAGGGCCUAUGCUAAAUAACCUGAAUAAUGAGUAGUAGAGAAUAGAAAACUUCCUCUUGAACAGGGAUGAACCUACCAUGGGCUUCUCCACCUCAUGGAUAUAAGCCAGAAAAGAGCCAUUGUUCUAGAACAUGGCACCUAGGACAGAAACUAGGAGCAGAAGUAAAGCUAGAGUGAUUGGGCCAGAGUGAGGCAAAGGGUGAGGGUGUGAAAGUGGGCAAUGGCAGAAUGAAAGUGGGAAAAGACAGACUGUGUGGGAGAGGAGAAUUAUGACAGAAUUUUAGGAAAAGGAGUUGUUAGCAGAUUAAGAACGGGUUAAUAGAACAGCAUAUAUUGAUUAUAUUAGUAGUAAUAAUAAUAGCUAACAUUUAUAUAGUGCUUACAAUGUGUCAAGUACUGUGCUGAAUGCUUUACAAAUAUCUCAUUGGAUUCUCACAACCCUGGGAGGCAGGUGCUAUUAUCAUCUCCAUUUUACAGAUGAGGAAACUGAGGCAAAUAGAGGUGAAGUGACUCAUCCAAGGUCACAAAGCUAGGAAGUAUCUGAGACUGAAUUUGAACUCAAGUCAUCCUGACUCCAGGCUUAGUGCUCUAUCACCUAGCUACCUCCAGGUAUCUAGGGAGAAGUGUCAUCUUUGCCUGUGCUGCUUGCUUUGUGUCUAUUCUUCAGUCCAUAUUCCUGUUGCAGGAGCUAUGAGCACCUAGGUACCACAAUCUCCUUGUCCUUCCCACUCCCACAAGAUUUAUGUUCAUAGCUUUAGGCUUUAGACCCUGAUCUCUGAGCCGGAAAUGGGGGUGAUUCAGGGUGGGGGGGCAGAAUAGGGGAUACACUCUCUCUGGGCACCCCUCCUCCAAACAUUUUUGCUGCUUGGUCUUGAAAUUGUUUCCUUUGUGAAUCACUCUACUUUGCUUUGUGCACAAUAAUAAAUUCGUAUCCUGCAUCUUGUUA